UAAGUUAUAACAUAUAUAUAUAAGUAUAUUAUACUAGAUUGAAGACGUUGAGAAGACUUGUACAGGACAUCCAGUAUUCUCUUGUUAGCUUAGCCGCAGAAAGCUUUUCCCCUUGAAAAAAUUUAAAACGUCGCAUACCUACUCAAAGAAAUAUUAGAAAAUGGUUGACGUUUCUCUUUGUUUUUGAUGUCAUGUUGCGCAAAGUACAUACUAGGACAGGUGACAUUUUGACAUACGAUACGUAUGAUUGAUAUCUAAAGAGUUUUAAAAUAAUAAUGUAUUAUUUGGCGAAAUUUUGCCGCAUAUGUAUGAGAACUAAUGUUGAAUUGAUAGAUGUUGAAAGCCACGAUGAAGAUUAUAUUAAACUGAGUCAGAAACUAGAAGAAUGCACAACAAUUGUUAUUAGCAAAGAAAGCUUGUCCACCAAAAUAUGUACUCUAUGCGUUAAGAAACUGAAAGUAUCAUAUGAUUUCCAUAAAAUGUGUAAAAAAUCUUCUAAACUCUUACAAGGAAUAUUGUCAGAAUUGAUAAGUGAUUCUGAUAAGAUUACCAAUGAAAUAUUCACAAACUCAGAAUUGACGGUAACUCUUCUACCUUUAAAGUUACCGGAGGAGGUAAUACAAGAUAGGGUAAUAAAAAGUAAUGGUACUUCUAUACUGAAAUCUCUUUUAUCUUGUAAGAAUAUUUCAAGGAGAAAAACAUUGGAUAUAGUUAAAUCAAAUGACUUGCAGAGAGGUGGUCUAAGAAAUAUAAUCACAUUCACCAGAAACUUUGAUUUUGGAUAUUCAGAGUCGAAAGAAUCUUCAAUUAGUAAAUUAGUUCAAUUUUCUGAAGGUUUUUUCAAAAGGGACUUCUCAGCUUUCCAAAGAACUGUUUUAUAUAUUAUUGAAAAUAGUAAUUAUUUAGAUGAAGAAGAUGAAAUGUUGGAUACAGUCCCUGAAGAGAUAAAAGAAAUACCAUUUGAAGAAGUUGUUAUAGAACCUGAUAUUAAAGUGAAAACUGAAAUGUUCGAAGAUUAUGAGGAUAAUGAAAACUUCAAAAGCCCUUGUAAUGAAAAAGAAGAAAAAGUGCAAAUCAAAAAUGAAAAUGUAGAGAUGGUAGAUCAUGAUAGCCUCAACAAUAUAGUUUGUGAUAAUGAGUUUCCUUUCAUUGAAGACUUGGGAUAUUUAAAUCAAUUAGAUUGUCACAGGAAGUUUUCUCAAAAUAGUAUAAGGUGUAGAACCAGAGGGAAUCCCUACAUAAAUCCUCAUCUCAAAAAACAAUUCAUGCUCAGAAGUUUCCAAUGUAAGGAAUGCCCACGUUAUUUCAAAACACCUGGAUAUUUAAAAGCUCACCGUGCUAAGGUCCACAAUGCUCUUUAUUGAUGUUAGGGUUACAAUGUCAAUUGAAAAAAAAUGAUGAACUGAGAAAUUUAUGCAAUGGAGAUGUGAUAAUAACUAGUAAGUAAUAAUCAGUUUAUGAGAAAAAUUAUUCUAGACCGUUUUAUCUUCAGGUUUUUAGCUAUUUAUGUAUAAGCUUGAUAUCUGAAAUAGAAUUGAAAAGCCAACAAGAGGAAAUAAUUAUUUUCUCUAAAUAUUUAUAUUCCACCUAUUAUACAACAUGGAUAAAAUUAUUGUGGUAAUAUUGUUUUGUGGAGAGUAGAUGUUACAUUUUUUAGUAUUUCUCAAUCUACUGAAGUAUCACAUCUCCUUUGUGAAAAUAUCAGAUUAUCAUUGUACUAAUCCGAAUUUAUAAAUGUUCAUAGAUAAUAUAAUCUCUGAAUUUUUAAAAUGUUUUAACUCAUUUGUAAAUAUACUUGGCAGAUACAGUAUUGAAUAAUGCCAAAAAAAUUACUUGAAUUUUUUCUGUUAAACAUGAUAUUUUUGAUAUUAUGGAUAUAUUCUAUUUGAUUUUGUUGUGAAUAUUUCCUGUUUUUGAAAUAUGGAACUUGUUCUUUGUUUUUAUAUUCCCAGUAUUAUAUGUAAUUAUAAAAUAUAUAAAUAAUGUCUCUUUCGAACUUCAGUUAAUUAUACCUAUCAACCUAUCCUAUCUAUCCUUAUCCUAAAAAUCAAUAUUACCAGGUAAAUUUUUCAAUUUGAAUCAGUUAAAAAUCUCGAAAAGGAAAUAUCUUACGGAAAUAUGUUUCAAAUAAAUGGUUGGUGGUUUGUGAUUGGAAAGUCCACUUAUGCUAAAACCUCUAUUUAUUAUCGGUUUUUGAUUGCAGAUUGGAACAAACAAUAUUUCACGAUUCGUCCCAGGUGGCUCUAAAAUUGAUUUAAAUUUUCCGUCUCAAAUUACAGCAUCCGAUCCACUAAUCAUUCACAAGAAAUUCUUACCUGACCAUAUUAAUGGAACACUUCUUUUUUAUUUUUAUGGAAUAACCACAGAAUAUAGACUAUAGAGAAGGUUAUAUUUUCUGUUUUUGUGACAUAACCUAGAUUCAAUCAUUCAUUGCGAAUUGAUAAUAAAUAUAAAGUUAAAAGAUAUAUACAUUUAGUUUUGGUCGAAUCGAAUUCACUUUACCAUGGAUUCCGAAGAUGGUCUAAUGGAAAAUAAUAUUAAAUAUCUCUUUAAUUUGUCAGAUGCUCUUCCAAAUAACCUUAAUGUACUAAAGUCAUCGAUAACAAUAAGAAGUCGAGUAGGUGAACUGGUACAAAAGACUUCUUUACCUGCUAAAAUAACUAAAGCAACGGUUCUAUGUCCAAGAUGCUGUUUAAAUUUCUCAGAAUACCCUCCAAAUAUGAAAUUGCAGCCAAAAAGAAAGCCUGAUAGAUUCACCAGAAAAAUGUUGAGGAAAAUUGAUGCAGGCCAAAAUCUAACUAGCUAUCAGAAAAAGUUUAGCACCUUAUUGAAAAAAAGGUCUACUGAUAAUACAAUGAUACAAACAUGCAAUUUCUGCAAUAAGGAAAUAAAUUUGAGGGUGACAUUUCCUGUGGAAAAAAUUGAAAAGAAAAUAAAUGAAGAAACACCAGUCCUACCAAAGAAAAAGAAAAAAGGGAAAGACAAAUUUGCUGGAUUGACACCAAGUGCAGUUAUGUCAUUAACACAAACGAAAGAAAAUAUUAAAAAAAAUGUAAUGGACAUUUUACAAGAGAAUAAGGAAGAACCAAAAGCGAACAAUGAAAUAAAGUAUAAUGUAAUUGGAACUAUUGGGGAUAAGAAAAAAAAGAAGAAGUCGCAGAGAAAAAAAGAAGUAGCACCACCUGUAUUAUCUACAAAAAUGAAAAUAAUGGAGAAAAAAAAUAGGCAAGCUAAUCUGAAACAGAAAAAUAAUCUGAAUAAUUUACUUAAUAGUUCUACUAAAAUUACCGCUUCAAAUGUUCUUAGUAGUUUUUUGGACACUUUAUGAGGUUCAUUUAAAAAUGAUGCUAGUACAUGACUUGCACAAAUUCAAUUAGUUCAGGAUGUAAAAAUAUUAGAAAUUAAGAAGAAAGAAUGUUAUAUUUUUAUAUUUUAUUGUUUUGUUAUGUGGAAUUAUGAUUGAAUAAUUACAUAAAUGAAAAAAAUAAAAAUCAA